AUGGGCGACGCAUCCACGCCUGCUGCAGCGCCUCGACCGGAUCCCCCACCAGUCCAGGCGGGUCUACCUUCUGUUCACCCGACUCCCUCGUUCUGGCAAACGUCCCAUCCUAACUCUGUUAGCCACCACCGGUCUACACCGGAUCUACCUGUCCGUGCAGACCUCGUGGUCAUCGGAACCGGCAUCUCCGGGACAUUUGUGGUGGAUGAGCUACUGGGCGAACUGCAGUCAGAUGACUCCACACACGUAGCGUCGUCGCCCGUGACUAUCUUGGUGCUCGAAGCAAGGACCCUGUGCUCAGCCGCGACGGGUCGAAAUGGGGGACACCUCCAACCGGUCGUGCACGCCGCGCCGGCCAGCAUCCUCGACUUUGAGAUGGCGAACUUUGACCACGUUUCCGGUCUCGUCCGCUCCGGUAACAUCCAAUGCGACUUCCGCCGUCUCUCGGGCUGUCUCGCAUUCUGGAACAGGACGUACUUCGAGGAAGCGAAGAGGGAUCUUAUUCUGGCGCGCGCAAGGCACGCUGACUUGGUCAGCGUCGUGGAAGACACAGAGCAGCUACGGAAGUUGGGAUUGCAAGGCGGUGUCAAGGGGGCUAUUGUACAGAGCGUCGCCGCGAGCUUGAGCCCUUACAAGCUCUGCGUGGGCGUGUGGCAGAAAUUGCUGAGCAGCUUCGAAACGACGAGGAACCAAAGCGGCGGAGAUGGAACGUCUGAAGGCAUCGGCAAAGACCGGGCCGUGACUCUCAACCUCCAAACGACCACGCCCGUCACCUCACUCGACAUGGUGGACACUCUGGGCGGUGAAGGAUACAGAUGGAAAUUAAACACCCCUCGUGGCUUCGUGCAUGUCAAGUCCAUCAUCCUCGCCACGAACGCGUACACAUCACACCUCCUCCCCGAAUUCGCGCCGCUGAUCCGGCCCGUCCAGGCGCAGAUGUCUGCGCUGAUCCCUCCGCCAUCUCGUAAGCGUAACCAAGAAAGAAGGCCGGUGCUCAUCCCGAUGAGCUACGGCUUCGAAGGCGUCGGCACCAUGGACCGCGUCAUGUCCGACUAUCUGGUCCAGAACCCAUUUAUGGCCACGGCAGCCUCAGAGCAACAGCACCAGACAAACACGGCAUCCGCCUCCCAAGACAUCGGAGACGGACAAGGUCAUGGAGGCCACCUCAUGUUCGGCGGCGGGCGACACCUAGCAUUCAACCAUGGCGAAGGGUGCUGGGACGACGACUUUGUCGACAAGAAUGUAGAGAACUAUCUACGCGGUCUGCCUGAACGAUUGAGUCUGGCGUUUGACGAUACCGAUGACAUUGACACUCGCAGUGAACACGACCGCGACAACAACAAUCCAAACCCAAACCCGACCUCUCAUCCCCCCGCUCCCAGUCUAGACAUUGCGGCCUCAUGGACCGGAAUCAUAGGCCACUCCGCCGACGGACGCCCCUGGGUCGGCCCCGUCCCAGACCGACCAGGCAUAUACUUAUGUGGCGGAUACACAGGGCACGGGAUGACCAGCGCACCUCUCUGCGGGAGGUACAUUGCGCGAGUUGCUCUCCAGGACCUACGUUCCCAGCGAGGAAGUGAGCCCCCCGGACUGGCGCCAGGGGAUGGAAGAAGAAGGAAUAUAGAGUCGGGAUUGGAAUUGGACGUCGAUGUGCCAAGGGAGUAUCUGAUCAGUCGCGAGAGGAUGGAGAGGCUGUCGCGGUGA